AUGAGUGCCAAGAGUGGGGAAAGACUCCUUGGGAAGGCUGACCUCAACAAAUACACCCAAACCCUCUGUGUCCUCCAGCGAAACCCACGUGUACCAGUCUCCUCCAGCCCAACCCACGUGUACCAGUCUCCUCCAGCCCAGCCCACUUGUACCAGUCUCCUCCAGCCCAGCCCACUUGUACCAGUCUCCUCCAGCCCAGCCCACUUGUACCAGUCUCCUCCAGCCCAGCCCACUUGUACCAGUCUCCUCCAGCCCAGCCCACAUGUACCAGUCUCCUCCAGCCCAGCCCACUUGUACCAGUCUCCUCCAGCCCAGCCCACUUGUACCAGUCUCCUCCAGCGCAGCCCACUUGUACCAGUCUCCUCCAGCCCAGCCCACUUGUACCAGUCUCCUCCUGUCCAGCCCACUUAUACCAGUCUCCUCCAGCCCAGCCCACUUGUACCAGUCUCCUCCAGCCCAGCCCACUUGUACCAGUCUCCUCCAGCCCAGCCCACUUGUACCAGUCUCCUCCAGCCCAGCCCACUUCUACCAGUCUCCUCCAGCCCAGCCCACUUCUACCAGUCUCCUCCAGCCCAGCCCACUUGUACCAGUCUCCUCCAGCCCAGCCCACUUGUACCAGUCUCCUCCAGCCCAGCCCACUUGUACCAGUCUCCUCCAGCCCAGCCCACUUGUACCAGUCUCCUCCAGCCCAGCCCACGUGUACCAGUCUCCUCCAGCCCAGCCCACGUGUACCAGUCUCCUCCAGCCCAGCCCACGUGUACCAGUCUCCUCCAGCCCAGCCCACGUGUACCAGUCUCCUCCAGCCCAGCCCACUUCUACCAGUCUCCUCCAGCCCAGCCCACUUCUACCAGUCUCCUCCAGCCCAGCCCACAUCUAAAAGUCUCCUCCAGCCCAGCCCACAUCUACCAGUCUCCUCCAGCCCAGCCCACUUCUACCAGUCUCCUCCAGCCCCGUGACGCCCCCCCCCGACUACGAAGACUUUACAAACCCUGAAUUGGCAGCCUGGCCACAACAUGUCCCUGCGACAAGACCUCUUCCACUCUUACUGG